CGGAGCCGCGGCGGCACCCCCGCGGGCACACCGUCUACAAGGUCACGGCGCGGAUUGUUUCAAGAAAAAAUCCAGAGGAUGUCCAGGAGUCUCUUACUACAGUUGAGGAGAACCUGGAUAGUUGAUGAAAGAAGAGCCCAUAAAUGAAUUCAUUGCAUCUCUGUGUGGUCAAACAUGAGUUACUGAUUAGUGGCUUGGCAGAGGAGAUUAAAAUAACCUGUCAGAAUCAGGAUAAUGGAUCUGGGGUUAGAACUGCAUUACUGUAGUCUGUAGCUUGAUGUUCACCUUUUCCAGGAAGACUCCUGAAUUGAACUUUUCCAUGAGCACAUUCUGCCAUUCCCUUAAUCUUCAUUUGUGGGAAAACCACUUUAUAGCAGCUGUUGAUGAGCCAGUCAUCAGAAAAAUAUAUUAUAGUUGUUUGGAAGAGAUACAGUGACUUUAAGAAACUGCACAAAGAUCUCUGGCAAAUUCACAAAAACCUGUGCAGACAUACAGAACUCUUCCCACCUUUUGCCAAAGCGAUACUAUUUGGGCGAUUUGAUGAAACCGUGAUUGAAGAAAGAAGGCAAUGUGCCGAAGAUCUGUUGCAGUUUUCUGCCAACAUCCCUGCUCUCUAUAACAGCAAACAGCUUGAAGACUUCUUUAAGGGUGGAGAGGUGCACGAUGGCUCUGAACUGAUCGGUCCUGUUGAGCCUCUGUCCGACCCUCUGACUGACAACCUGUCUGACUGCAGCUCUGAAGUUCGAAAGGAUUUAAGUGGGCUUGAUGACGUGACACUUACGAGCCAGUCGGAAUGUGGAGGCUUCUCCAGUGACAGCGACCUGAUCUCUCUAACAGUUGACGUAGAUUCUCUUGCUGAGUUAGAUGAUGGAAUGGCAUCCAACCAAAGUUCUCCCAGUAGAGCUGUUGGCCUUUGCCUUACUUCUGAACCCCUGCUACAAAGCACACUGGCACCCGAGCAGGAGUGGAGCAAACCCGAAGGAGAGAGGGAAAGUCAUGGUUUGUUUUCUGGAAGCUUAAAACCCAAACCUGGCAAACAAGAUUACCUGGAGAAAGCAGGCGAGUUGAUAAAACUGGCCUUGAAGAAGGAGGAGGAAGAAGAUUAUGAAACUGCCUUCAGCUUUUACAGAAAGGGGGUUGAUCUGCUCCUGGAAGGUGUUCAAGGUGAAUCAAGUCCAACUCGUCGUGAAGCAGUGAAAAGGAAGACUGCAGAAUACCUUAUGCGUGCUGAAAAGAUUUCCAGCUUCUACCAUAAAUCCUCAGAAGAGUCAUCUGUUUCUAUGCCUCCAGGAUCACUAAGUUCAAGGCCCUCUUGGAACCUAAGGAGCCCUGCCGAGGAACUGAAGGCCUUCAGAGUCCUUGGGGUGAUUGACAAGGUUUUGCUUGUGAUGGACACUAGAACGCAGCAGACUUUUAUACUGAAGGGUCUAAGGAAAAGUAGUGAGUACAGCAGGAGCAGAACGACCAUCAUCCCCCGCUGCGUGCCCAACAUGGUGUGUCUGCACAAGUACAUCAUCUCCGAGGAGUCUGUCUUCCUCGUGUUACAGCAUGCAGAAGGAGGAAAACUGUGGUCUUAUGUCAGUAAGUUCUUAAACAGAAGUCCUGAGGAAAGCUUUGAAAUUCCUGAAGCCAGAACAUCCAGUGCAACUAAAAUUUACCUGGAGCAGCCAACACCUAGUCCUAAAGAAAUUGGUAGCAGCACUGAUUCCAGAGAAAGCUGUGGGGAGAGCGUGCUAAAGGUGGUCCCGCUGAAGAGCAGCCUAACGCCGAGCUCUCAGGAUGAUAGCAGCAAUCAGGAAGAUGGCCAAGAGAGUUCCAAGUGGAUGGACUCGGGGUCCAGCUCAGAGGAAGAGUGCACUACUAGUUAUUUAACAUUAUGCAAUGAAUAUGGGCAAGAAAAAAUUGAUUCUGGCUCUCUAAAUGAGGAACCAGUGGUUAAACUGGAGAGCGAAGGUCUAAAUCCCAAAGAGAGAAGCUGCUUACCGAAACGCAGUGUCGUUGGCAGCGGCAGUUUCACCUCCCAGAUUGCAUCUCAGGAACGAAAGCUUUUCAUUGAGGAUAGUGAGUCAGAAAUAGCUAGCCCUACUAGGAUAUUGGACUCGUUAACUAAAUCAAAGAACAGCCCGAUGGAACUCUUCAGGAUAGACAGCAAAGACAGCACUAGUGAGCUCCUGGGCCUUGAUUUUGGAGAAAAAUUCUAUAACCUGAAAUCGGAAUCCUUGAAGCCAUUGUUUUCUGUCCCAGAUCAUGACAGAAGCUUGGAUGCCCUAGAAAGCAAGAUGGGUGUGAAAGCUCAUGACACUGUAAGCAGGGGUUCAAAUGAUUCUGUGCCAGUUAUCUCCUUUAAGGAUGCUGCUUUUGAUGAUGUAAAUAGUGCUGAUGAAGGAAGGCCUGAUCUCCUAAUAAACUUACCUGGUAUGUCUGAUGAAACAGAAGAGGCAGCUGUGUCAAGGCCAGCAAAGUUUACAAAAACUGAUAGGGACAUGUUGGAAGUAAAGUUAUUAGAAACCCCGGAUGUCUUACAGCUAAAUAAUUCUGCAGAGCCAUGCAGAGCAUUUGAUCAAGAGCCAAAUCAUGUGGCACCAGAAGUGGGCGAUGCUUCCCGCAAGGAAGCAAAUGGACAAAGUGGUGUCACUCAGGGAGCUCUUGGGACUCUCUUUACAUCUGACCAAGAUGUAGGUACUUCAGAAGAUGGGGAUCUGUUUCAAGGGCUUGGAGCCUGCUCCAUAAAUGUGACAUGUGAAGAAGAAAGUUCAUUUGUUUCCAACCAGCUCUCAGGUGCUCAAGAUGUGAGCUUGGAUGGAGACAUGCUAAGAAAUGAAGCAGUGUUGCUGUUUUCUGAUCAAACUGAAGACUUUGGGAAAGAGGAAGCAGACUCAGCUUUGUUACCAGCAGCUGAAAGUAAAAAGACAGCACCAAAGAGGGAAGACAAAAUAGGAGUAGCAGGGGAGAAGGAAAUACAUCAGAUUUUUCAGGACCUCGAUGAAAGAUUAGCCAUAACCUCCAGGUUUUACAUCCCAGAGGAUUGUAUUCAAAGAUGGGCAGCUGAAAUGGUUGUAGCCCUUGAUGCUUUACAUAGAGAAGGAAUUGUGUGCCGCGAUUUGAACCCAAACAACAUCUUAUUGAAUGAUAGAGGACACAUUCAGCUAACGUAUUUUAGCAGGUGGAGGGAGGUUGAAGAUUCCUGUGACAACGAUGCCAUAGAGAGAAUGUACUGUGCCCCAGAGGUUGGCGCUAUCCUAGAAGAGACAGAAGCCUGUGACUGGUGGAGCCUGGGUGCAAUUCUUUUUGAACUCCUCACUGGGAAGACUCUGAGUGAGUGCCAUCCAUCAGGAAUAAACACUCACACUUCUCUGACUAUACCAGACCAUGUAUCAAAGGAGGCCAGAUCACUGAUUCAGCAGCUUUUGCAGUUUAAUCCCGCAGAGCGUCUUGGUGCUGGCGUUGCUGGUGUUGAAGACAUCAAAUCUCAUCCGUUUUUUGCCCUUAUAGAAUGGGCAGAUCUGCUGAGAUGAGAGGUACGUGUCCUCUGAACAAACUCAGGUCAAGAGAACAAGUUCAUCUGGCACAGAAGCACCCUGACUUGCUUCCUCUGGAUGUCCCAAACCAUUUGGAUGUGGUGACUAAAGGACGCUGGAGCAAUGAGACCAAAAGCUUGUAACAGGAAUCACAGGUUGUACAGGGUGCUAGCUUGUUCUGGUUGCUAUGUGUGUGUAUGUCUUUUCACCAAAGGGUGGUUUGUGAUGUUUAGCACUGCCAGCUUGUUGGCCAAGCAGAAGCAGGAGUGUGCUCCUGGUGCUCUGUCUAAUGGUGAAAGUGUCUAUAGACUGUGCCAGUUCAAAGUAUCUUUUAUAGUGGCAUUAGACCAUUUCCCUAUGCUAAGUGCAGCUCUGGGAGGGGGGGCUGAGGAAGGAAGGAGCAAAUAAUUUAUUAAUGGCAUAUGCUAAAUAAAAUACUAAAAUGCUUUAUGCAAAAGUUGACACAUUAAAAAUAAUAUAUCCAUUAAAAAUUAAGAAGGCUGUUGCAUAAUACUGUGGAAUGUGUCUUGAAAAUGGCAUAUCAUUUCCCACUGUGGAAAGAGCAUAUAAAAGGCAAAUAAUGCUGUCAAAUGUUGUACUUUGUUGGCUGGCAAUGUCUGUUUAUAACUCUUGACUUUGUUGUAUUUGAUGAGCUACAUGUUGAAGUCACUACAGAAAGGGAAAUCAUCUUUUCCUCAGCCAGAUAAACACUGCUUUAGCACUCUAAUAAGAAACAAGAACACAUAACGCUAAAUAAAUGUGUAGAUUAAAAAAGGAAAAACUCUUCUGUCAUCACCGCAGCGACCACUUUAUCACUUAAUGAACUUUACUUCCUCUAAGUGUCCUAUUUUUAGCUGCUACUUCAGGAAAGAAAACCCUUUCUGCUUGUGCUCUUCUGCUUGAGGAAGCUUCUGAACUUUCCUGCUUGUUUGUUAAUAGUCUUAAUAAAUCAAAGAAAGCCUUCACCCACUCUGCUGCUGGGACAGGAAGAAGCCUGGGAUUUGCUCAUGCCAAAUGACUAAGUGACAUCUCUGAGCAAACCCUAGUGGGUAAGACUUGGGCAUGAGCCAAUUAGCUGACCUGUUUGUUUGUUAGGAAGGUCUGGAGAAUGGGAGAAGAACAUAAGAAAUGCAGAAUACUGUGUGUGUGCUGCUGUUGCUGCCGAGCAGCCCUGUUUGUACGGGCUCCUGACACACAAAUGCUGUCUGCUGCAAUGCUUGUACAGAUCUGUGGGUUUUUUCCCAAAUGUUUCCUUUGCUCUCACUCUCUUUUUUUUCCCUCCUUUUUCUUCUUCUCCCCAGCUUUAUCCGGAGAACAAAGGGCAAAUUCCUUUGGGAAAAUGAGGUGACAGCAAUGAUUAUUGAAUUUACAACUCCAAAAAAAAAAAAAAACGGGGGGGGGGGAAGUAUCCCUCUGUUUGUAUUUGAGUAGUGUAUUUUAUGGGCACUCCCAAAAGUGCAUCUGCACAGUCUCCAUCUGUUAGACACCAGGUCUGUGUAUUCAAAUAAAGUGGAAAAGGAAAAUGCCUCACUUAAACAAAGGAAAUCUGGAAACUCUUCCCCCCCCCCCCCCCCCCCCUUUAAAUUAUUCCACUCCCCUCUUUUUUUUUUUUUGCCUUUUCUUCCCUUUCUUGUGAUCACCAGGCCAGCACAGGGGCUGUGACAACACUGCAGGUUGUAACCAGGUCACUAGUAUCACUGCCUACGGCGUGCUGUCCAAGAUUACAUCACUCUCAGAAACUGUGUCUCAACCUACCACCCUCUGGCUUCAUAACAGGAACUCCCUCAGGUGAGCCACAGGAACAACUUCCUGCGCCGAGCGGGUCGGAAAUCUCUAAUGCGGAGACCAAUGUGAUCCAGAGCUUCCUUCCAGCACUGCCCUGGCUGUGACUUUGGAGAGGGCUCGUUGCUCAAGGGAAGCCUCCCUUCCCUCAGCCGCCUGCCUCCUUCCCUGGGGCUCUCUAGCCCAGCCAUUAUAAUGUCAUUGCCCACGUUGAUCUGUCCCAUUGCAUUCGCCUGGUGAUAACUGCAGAACAAAUAUUUUCCAUGUUGCUUUAAAAUGCUUUUCUUGUUCAGGUUGCGCCCGUGUGCUGGUUGCAAGUAAAGGCAGGAUAAGAUAGCACAGGAGCACAAGCUGGUUUUGUGAGCAGCAGAAGGAACACGCUCUUCUAGCAGAAACCAGGGGACCCGUCACUCACAUUUGGUUUAGGUAAUGACACAGAUAUUCCUUUCUCGAGUAUGUUAGUAGUGAGGGAAUCGUGAUGACAGAGUCUAGAAGGAAUGGGGCAUUUGGUGAGAUGGCUUGCCAGAAGUGAGCCUUUAUAGGUUUUUGUAACUUCACAACUGACUCGGAUGGUGGUUUUGCUUAAGGAAUCACAGUCUGGAGUUAAUUGCACAAAAAAAAAAUCCUACUUCUGUCUUUAUUAUUUUCCUUAAACAUGUAUUAUAUUGUAUUGGUGUUUACAUGUAUUCCUUUAAUAAACAAAACCUUUCAAGCCUAA